AUGAUGGACGGUCGCCUUGUGCAGACGUCGUGCCGGACGACGCACUUUUCGGCGGUGGAGGCGACGCUGCGGGAUUGGCCUGAGGUCGAGGCGGUCGGCUCCUUCCGCGAGAAGAAGAACAACAAGAGGGACAUCACGACGGUGUUCGUCACCUUUCGCGACGAGGCGGCGGCGAAGGCGGCCAGGGCGAAGCUCGAUGCCAUUCCCGGUAUCGCUGAGGCGGCCACUGCUUUGUCUGCCUCUCCGGAGCAGGAGAAGGGGGCGGCCAGCAGCAGUCGAAGCAAGCGCUCGCGGACGAAGAAGGGAAACACCGGUAGUGACAAGAAGAGCCUCGCUGCGGAGUUCUUGAACUUUGAGUCGUAUGAGGAUCAGAAGCAGCGCAAGGUGCACGCGAGGAGGAGGAGUAACGGCGUGCCGGAAGUGGUGGGUGCGGAGACGACGCGUAGGGGCCGCGAAGGGCGUGGAAUGAGCCGCGGCAAUAACAACAACAGCCGCGGUGCUGGUGGCAACCACCGUGGCAUGCGUGGUCGCGGUGGCGCUCAUCUGCAGCCGCAGCAGAACUUUCAACAGCCGCAGCAGUACCAGCAGCACCAGCUCCACCCGCCGCUGCCCCCACCGCCGCCGCGCCUACCGCCGUUCGAGGCGAACGUUGCCUUCAUUGACAACGUGCCGUUCGGCACCACGAAUAGAUACCUCAUGGAGCACUUCUCCGCCUUCGGCCGCAUUCUGGAUGUGAACCGUUUCGAGCUGAUGGUCAUGAUCUGCUUUGACAACCCGGAGUCGGUGCAGCAGUGCAUCCAGCACAUGAACGGCAGCAAGAUCCACGACAACGUUAUAACAGUGAGCAGUGGCACCAUCCGCAUCCCCGGCAGCGUCGCAAUCCAGAUGGGUGUUUAA